AUGGGGGGUUACGAACUUCAGGUCCUGGACAAACAAGACUUUUCGCAGCAGUAUAUCUUAUCUUUGCCAAUCAAUCACCCAUUCCCAGCUUUACCCCAAUCGUCAGUGAGGGUAAGAUCGGAAAUAUUAUCCCUGACAGUCAACAAUACAACAUAUGCGAAGCUGGGCAGUUUCUUUGGCUGGUGGGAUGUCCAUCCGUUACCGAAUGGGAUACCGGAGAGUUUCAGUGACUCGCAACGGUAUGGAAGGAUAUCGGCGUGGGGAUUCGGCCGGGUAAUCGAAAGUAAUUACAGCCCACUGCCUAUGAAUAGUGUGGUUUUUGGUUACCUUCCCAUUGCAAGUCUUCCCGUCGAUUUGUCACUUGUCCAGUCCAAGGACACAAAGCAGGCACUGGAAGUCAGUCGCUAUCGUGCUCGAUUGCUGCCAAUAUACAAUCGCUAUUUAUUAUUCUCCGCCUCUGAAAUGGAGGGCUUUUCCAGAGACUUCCUUGGAUGGAGUUCCCUGAUGCGAGUACUGUUCCAGACAUCAUGGAUGCUUAACAAGUUCCUUUUUGCUUGGGAUGAGACAGUACUGGCCAAACCAUCUAAUGGAGCUUCUCAUUGGACUAUGAAUGAUGCCAAUGUUACAAACGCUGUUGUCAUACUGCUUUGUGCUUCUGGAAAGACCGCAUUGUCUUUGGCACAUCAAUUCCGGCAAAAUCGCCCACGGACCGCACAACCGAGAAUGAUUCUCGGAGUCACGUCUGCAGAAUCCAAAGCUUUCACCAAAGCUACGGGGUUUCACGAUGAUGUUGUUCAGUACAACGCGAUAUCUCCUAGUCUCAUCAGCAGUCUCAGAAUUGAUGACGGCACUAAGGUGGUACUCUGUGACUUCGGUGCCCGGGGUGAAACCUUCCAAUCUUGGUUCAACACCCUGAAGCCGGUUUGCAAGACUCUCGUUCCACUUGGAAUCGGCGACACACCGCAAACAGAGUCGCCAGAGGAUCUACGUACUAGAUUCGCCCAAAGCGCUUCUUUGGGUAAGGAGCAGGUCAACGCUUCUGAUCUCUCAACGGUGGCAAUGGCAUCAAUCGGGGAGGAAAAGUAUCGUCAAGAACUCGAAGAGGCCUGGGGAGCAUUUUUGGGGUCUGGAGCACUUCCCAGGGUAUCUCUCGAAUGGGGUGCUGGAAUGAGCGCAGUUGAGAAGGUGUGGGACAUGUUUUGUCGUGAUAGGAUUGAAAGCAGGAAAGGCUAUAUCUUCCAGAUAUAG